CGGCUACACGCGCUACCAGGCUCGCUACCGGGCUGAGGGGGUGCGGGAGGCGUACCUGGGGGACACGGAGACGGGCUUGACCAGUGCCCUCCUCGACGCUCUCAAGUCGCUCUUCUCCGCCCCCCGCCUGCCCGACAACCCCUACUACGCGCUGGCAGCCCACCUUAACGCGCAUGUGGACCAGGGGCAGCUGUGGAAGACACCCGCGGCAGAUCUGCUGUCGGUGUACGACAUUGAGGGCGGUUUGGAGCCCAUCUUCGGCGAGCUGCAGUUGUGCAAGCUGAGCAGCUGCGGCACCUGCUUCGGCCUGCCGCACGUGCUGCGGGUGGUGACGCGGGAGGCCGUGUCGCUGCUCCACGUGCUGCUGACCAACGGGCUGCCCGAGUGCCUCUUCAACAGCACCCCCCUGCCCGCACUGGCGCCGGGUGGGGGAGGGGGAGGGGCGGGAGGAGGGGUUGCGGCAGGCGCGGGGCCCUACUCGGUGCAGGCGCUGUGCUCCAUCCAGGACUCCUCAGCCCUGUGGCGGCCCCAGCUGCUGGAGUUUCCUGAGCUGGACAUACGGUGUGAUGUGGUGGUUCGCGGGGAUAAGCUAGAUGAGGCGUUGCGGCUUUUCGUGGAUGUCGUACUGAAUGACGUGGGGGAGCUGCACCAGGUGCCGGUGUUCUUCGUGGAUGGAGUGGCCAUCGUGGAUGGACCCGCGGUGGAGGUGGAGGCCGACAAGGAGCCCUUCUCCCGCUGGUGUCCGCUGGAUCAGCUGCUGGAGGCGGCCGAGGAGUUCAGGCGCACGGCAACACGGCUGGUGCUGGGGGGCAAGGUCCUCCGGCUGCACGCGGUGCUGCUGGUUGAGAGCCCCGCUGACCCCUCCGACCUCUCCGCCACCAAGCUGCGAUACGAGCAGGCGCGGAAGACCUACUGCUUCCACUACCAGUACGACCAAGAGGUGCGCCCCGGCCUCUCCCAGCCCAUGUCCCACUACGGCUGCUACCCCUACGAUGCGCUGUACGGCGGGUACUUUCUGGAUCUCAGUACGGCACGACAGUACUGCGCCCUCUACCUGCCAACUGACAACCAACCCUACCACAAGAACAACCUCAACCGACAGAUGUCCCUGCUGCGCUCUUCCAUCGCCUGGGGUCUGCAGCGCGGCGGCUCCCUGGCGGCGUGGCGGCAGCUGCUGCUGCUGGUGCUGCUGCAUGACCCCACUACUGUACGACAACAGGGGCAGCAGCAGCAGGAUAACAUCCCCUCUCUGGAAGACCUGGCUCUCAAGGCACCUCAGGUGCUCGGAGGCGAGCUGGGUUGGCUGCUGUCCACCGUCCCCAACAUCCUCCGCAUCACAAACAGCGCUGCAAGCGUGCUAGAGGGCAUAGUUCGUGAGUUGGAGGGUAUCUCGGUGGCGGCUGAGCGGUGGCCCGCCAAGCUAGCAGCGGUCAAGGCAGCUGCAGCUGCAGCAGCAGCAGCAGCAGCGUCAGGGGGGAGCGGAGGGAGGGGUGGCGGCGCUGGCAACCCGCCGCCCUGGAACGGCGCGGGGGAGGUGCCGCUGGAAGCGGAGGGAGGGGAGCUGGGAGGUACGGCGGACAGUCGCCGUACUCUGAGGACCCCCGAGGUGUCCCGGGCCAUGGUCGCCUGGCUGUCCUCAUUCGACAUGGAGAGCCGGCUGCUGGGUCAGCUGCUGGGGCUGAGGGAGCGGAUUCGAGCGGCAACGGGGGCGGGGGGCGCGGGGCUGUUUGGAGGUAUUUCCCUGAUGGCUCAGCGACUGGUUUCGGAGCUCCCCCCCGAGGUGCCCCCGCUGGCCCCCGCCGCUGCCGCCGCGCUGGCCGCCGCACAGCCCCGAGUGGCGCUGCUGCAGCACCUGCUGCACGCGGCGGCACUAACCGUGUCACAUGGGUUUGUGACGAGGUGUGCGGAUGUGAAGUGGGCCCUCAUGCGCCUGGGAGUGCCGCUGGCGGGGGGCGGAGGGGCGGCGGACAUGGGCGCACUGACCCAGGGGUCGGCAGGCAAUUACGAUGACGUGGGCGGGCCGCCUCCUGCUAGCUGGGUGCUGGACGUGGGGCUGGUGCGGGGGGCACAGGUUCGGUCGGGAGCGCUGGCGGAGAGAGUGAGCGCCGAGGGGGUCAUGCUGCAGUACGCGGUGGAUUGCAAGCUGGAUGAGCUGCUGGCGACAUUGUGGCAGGUCAUGACAGACCCCCCGCUGCCGCUCAACCCCUACCCCAAGCUGCUUCACCUGCUCAGGUCAGGGGGGUGAGGAAAGAGGAAACAAUAACGAACCAUCUGAUAGGGCGUGGGGUGGGACGUUGGAUGGGAGGGGGCCUUGGCUAUGUCGGCUUGAGAGGCAGCCCGAUGCUCCCUCCCCCCAUCAGUACCCCUUCCUUCAACCUUCCUGUGUCUAAGACCCGAGCGUUGGAAAUUCAGUUUUCUUCUUUCUUUACCCCUCUCCUCCUCUCCCUCUCCUCCUCCCUCUCCUCUCCUCCUCUCCCUCUCCUCCUCCCUCUCCUCUCCUCCUCUCCCUCUCCUCCUCCCUCUCCUCCUCCCUCUCCUCCUCUCCCUCUCCUCCUCCCUCUCCUCUCCUCCUCUCCUUCUCCUCCUCUCCCUCUCCUCCUCCCUCUCCUCCUCUCCCUCUCCUCCUCCCACCCCAGGUCCCAUGCAGCCAAGAUGGAGCUCUGGCACGACGACCCCGCCGACGCCCUCGCCGCCCACCUCAUCAACGACCUGGUUCUGCUGCCGCAGCCCCCCGGCUUCAUGUACGCAGCCCGCCUGCCGCCCGCCUCCCCACACAGACACAGAGCAGCAGCA